UUUCAUUUUGUAAACAACUGCCUUAUGGGCUCUUUCUUUAUUCUCUUUCUCUUUAUCGUUUUCGUUUCUGCUUAAUAUUCGAUUAAAUCAAAUUCCUAUUUUCCCUAUUUAUUUUAUUACAUCGAUCCUUGUUAUUUUGUUAUCUUAAUUACAAUGGCAAAUCUUUUGGGCUCUGACGUGGAUAGUUGCGUGCUCAAAACUAUCGAGGCUGUUGACACAAUUCGCCGGGGAAUUUUGGACCAAAAUCAAAUGAGGGAGGCGCACAUGGUGAUUGAAGCGCUCAACAGCAAUCCUAACGUUGAUUCAACUCUUCCAAUUGCCUACAAAUUAAUCACUUUUAGUGGAAAUGAAGACUUGACUCAGUCUGUUAAACAUUUUGGACUUCAACUGGUCGAAAAUUGUAUCAAAUAUAAAUGGAAUGAAAUUUCAAAUCCAACCAAAGAUGAAAUUAAAGCAGUUCUCCAGAAGAUGAUUUGCGAAACUCUGGUUGGUAAAGAUUUGAAACUUAUUAAAGAGGGUAUUUCCAAAUGCGUAGUGGAAGUAAUGAAAAGAGAAUGGCCCGGAAAUUGGUCUCACCUUAUGGGUUUCAUGUUGUCUCUAAAGCUUAACGAUCGUGUACUAUUCAUCAUCGGUAGACUAAGUGAGGAAUUAGGAAUUUUUUACUCGCCUGCAAACCGUGAUCGACGAAGAGACAUGACAAUUGAAUUGAAAGCCAACUACCCUGCUAUUUUAAAUUAUAUUGGUGAAUGUUUGGUUUCUGGUGAUUGUGAUUUGUGUUCUGCUGCUCUCCGAACUUUGUCUCCUUUCUUGGAAUGGCACACAUUUGAUGAAUCUUUGUUAAUUUUUCUAUGUGAUAUUUUAGCUAUGGACAUUGAUCCUGCCCGGGAUCGAGAACAAAUAUUUAUAAAGACACAAACAACAGACUGUCUAUUAACGUGCUUAUUUCGCAAAGGUUCAAAAAAAGAUCGUAUAGGCAUAAUGGACCUUUUUUGUCCGAAAAAUGUAACCUCCAUUUUUAAAUGCAUCGAUAUGGUCAUACCAAAAAUUAGCGUCAACAAUUUCUUCAAUGAUCAUUUCACUCUUGCUAAAAGGGUUUUUAGUGUUGUAACCAUGAUGGGACAGACAGCAAUUCAACUGCAUUCAGUUAAACAACUUCCCAUGGAAACCUGGCAAAUAUACAUUCAAAAAAUGCAUUCGCUUUUUUGUAUAGAUAAUUAUAUUCUAAAUGCUUUUGUUCUCCAGUUUUGGAGAGAUUUGGCUAAAAGUAAAGAGCUUCAAACUUUAAUCACUGAAUCAUUGUUAACGAGUUUACUUUCAAUGAUUCCGGAAAAAUUAUUUAAACGACCCUUCGGUGAUCCUUCAAUUCCAAUGGAGUUCGACGACGAAGAAGACUAUGAUGUUUUCUAUAUUAAGUUUAAAGCUGAAUUAACUGAUCUUGUGCGAUCUCUGACUGUAUAUCGUGAAGAUAUUUGUUUCAAUUUUGCGUCAAAUCUUUUGAUGGCAACGCAAGCUAAGAAGGAAAACGGACCCGAUCCUAGUGCCAAUGCCAAAUGGGAAAUCACAGCGCACAUCUUGGAAGCUGUGUGUAAUCGUCUUACAAAUGUUUCACUUUAUUAUCAACAAGGAUCUCCUCUUCUCAAUAUGCUGGUAAAAUCUGAUGGAACUGAUCUCGCAGUUGAUAUAUUAUCCUGUCAUCUUUCAUGUAUAUCUGCCUUGACUGUGUUCGUUCCUCAUUUACUUUCUCAAGAACCUAAUUUGAUUGGCGCUCUUCUUGAAAAAAUGUUCAAACUGGCUGGAUAUGAGCUUCCCGGAGAACGCAAAGACAAUCGAAGCAACUCUGUUAGAAAUCUCAGGCGAUAUGCUUGUGCCUUAUUCGUUAAACUAACGCGAGCCUAUUCUAAAAUAUUAUUCCCGAUUUUUGGCCAGUUAAAAGAUCAUAUCCACAAAACAUUCGCUGUUAAUAUAGAGUCCAGUCAAACUGAAAUUUGUACUCUCAACGAGGGAUUAAUGAUACUUUCAAACUGUUUCGAGGAUCCUGCUCAACAAAUAUUGUUUGUAAAUGAACUCCUGGAGCCAAUAAAAUGGUUCCUCGAGUGCUACCUUACUCCUGCAACUUUUAUCUCAUCUGUUGGACUGGACACGGCCCCUACUGAUUUCGAUUCUAAAGGGCAAACUCGUGCUCAAUUAAUGUAUGCCAUAUCAACUCUAUUGGGUCUUCUCAAACGAAUAAAAAAGAAAGAAGUUCUCUAUUCGCCUGUUAUGGCCUUCAUGAAUCCCCUCUGUAACCUAUUGUCUAAUCUGAAUUCUCUUUGGAAUCAAGAAAUGAUGAUGAUUUGCCAUGCUGAUUAUCGUCCAAUUGUUUUCGCGCCCGUCACUGAAAAUGAUCGUUUAACUCUUUUGGAAAUCCAUGGUACUAGUCAUGAAACAAAUGAAGCCUGUAACCCAGCUAAAAGUCCAGCCUCACGGAUGCAAAAAUUUUUAUGGACUAUUCAAGAUAAUUGCUACUCAGCUAUUGGUUGUGCUUACUCGUUAAUCAUCCCCGAGCUACAUUUAGAAUUUAACAACAUCACCUUAGCACUGGCUGGGUUUGAAAAUCUUCCUCCAAUGAAAUUGAAAACUCUAAUUCGAUCGUUUUUGAAACCAUUCCUCAUCAAUUAUCCUGUCAACGAUUUGAAUGUUUUAGAGAACAAGUUUUUGCCAUUUGUAAAGCAAGUUUUGCCCGUUCUGUUCAACAGAAUUGAUAGUUCAUGCAAAACAAUCCGUGAACGAGAAUACGUUAAAGAAAAAACUGAAAUGGAACGUGAGAUUGUGGAAGAGAAAGUUAUUCGAGCUCUGUCAAUAGACUUUGUUGACCUCCUAAGCUCUCUAAUUGUAUCCUCCAAAGGUGGCCGAAAAGCUGAAAAUCCAAUGGAUGAAGAUGAUUGGGAAAUGAGAGAAACAAAUGAGCAAAAUAACAAACCAGUUGAGCAAAGCGCCUCUUACCUUGGAGAUUACCUCAUUAAAAAUUUGCCCAGCAUCAUUACUCAGAUUUGUUUUCAAUGUUUGAAUUGGCCAGACUCAACAGUUUCAUGGAAAGCUGGUUCUCUGUGUGAAGUCGUUCUUGCUCGUCUAAUUGAACACGUCAUGGUCCGUAAUCCAUCAGACUGUCUAUUUUUACUAGAAAAUAUUUGUAAAGCUUUAGGAUAUUUUGGUGAAUACGAGCAAAAUCGUGGAAUAUGCUUGCAGUUGAUUUCGACUAUUUAUGAAAGCUUAAUACUCCCAAUGCAAUUCGACUCUGUUAAACACCACCUCAUUCAAUUAUCGGAUGGAAACAUGAAUAAAUGGAUUCAAUUUGAAGAAAAUUGGAUUCGUAAGCCACCAAAAAAUAAAAAUGUCCAAAAAGGUAGACGAGAAGCGUUGAAAGAGCUUUUAGAUCCAAUAAUUGGUAAAAGCUUAGCCAUAAUGGGAAGAAAACAACAAGACGGAGGAGGAAAUUUAAUUUCAACAAUAAGACGGAAAAAAACAACAGAUGUUUUUAACGAUGUGACUUUAUAUUUAUAUGAACUUUUUAUUUGAUAGGGACUUAUAUUAAUUAAAAGCAGUAAAUGUAUUGUAAAUUCGAUAACUGCUCAUCAAAUUCCCAAAAAAACAUUUUCGUCUCUCAAUAGCUCAAUCAAAAUUACACCAUCAUAACUUUUUGAAUAUUUACAACCGAUGCUAUUGUUUGUCUUUGUUUUGUUAUAAAAACUUCUAAAUAUCUUAAAGCUAAUAAAAUUAUAUUAUCGGUCUACUAAA